AUGUCUCCCAAGACCCCAAAGAAGCGAAGUGUGUCGUGGAGCGACGGCUCGCGACCUGCGCCUGAACAGGCGGCCGACGCGCAGACCUCUCCUCUGACGAAAAUUCCGUCUCCAGCUCGCUUUAUGCUUGUUGUCCUGAGCAGUCUCGUUCUGAGCUCGGCCCUGUUCACAUUAACUUCUAGCUUCACAGUGGGCGACCUCGGGCUUAUCAGCAAACACCUGGAGGAAUGGUGGGAAGUGGGGGGCUUGAUAGGCUGGAGGGCCGUCGAAGUUGGGUUGGCUUGGGUGUUAGGAUUUGAUGGCCGCGAUGUGGCAUCGUUCCUAUUCCUGACCCACCUGCCCACCUACUCUCUCCUGUCAUUCUUCUACGGCAUCCGCCCAACUUCAGCGCUGGCCGCCUUUGGGACUACAAUUGCCUCAACGGCAAUUCCAUUUGCCCUCCUGCGCCGGCCCUCGUCCGUCCAUGAUCUUUCGCAUGCGCCGGCCGGUGCGAUCCCCAAUCGAGCUAUUUUGCAGGAUAAAAUUACCACUGUUUUCACCACGCUUAUGGCUGCUUCGGUCUUUAGUGUGGUGCUGUACGCCAGUUAUGCGACCUGGCUGCCUGCGCGAUUGGUUGUGCACUUCGAGGGUCUCCCGGAUAUCAGCGCCGCGCAUGCCGGUCCUGCUGGCUUGCCUGUGCUUUUCAUGACACUCAUUCCUGCUGGCUGGGCUGCGCGUGACUUCUUGUUUGUCAGCUCCACUGGCUAUUCUGCCAAUGCCGAGCAGUCUUCGAGCUGUGAGGGCGAAUACUUGAUCGCGGUCGUUUAUCGCGCCACUUGGGGCAAGCUGUCGACUAAGACGAGGGUCCUCAUCUCUCGGUCCUUUGUUCUCGCCAUUGGUAUCUUGCUCAACACGAUCGUUCAAGUGGCGGGCACGAUUCGUGAUGUCUCUCUUGAAGGAGCCGCUACGUGGGGAGCAGUCUGGGCAACUGCAGCGCUGAUUACAGGCGCAACCUUUGGUUGGAUUGAAGCCGUUGAUGGUGUAUGA